GAUUUUCAAUGCGUGCAAUUGCUCGAGAUAUGGGAAUUGCACAUUUGACUAUAUCAAGAUUAAUCAAAAAAGCUAGUGAAACAGGAAAGAUUGAAGAUUUGGAAAGAUCAGGCCAUCCAAGAGUUUUAACACAAGAAGAGGAAGAAAGAAUAGUUGAAUUAAUUAAUUCUGGAGAAUAUGAGAAAACACCCCAUAAUAAAUGA